CAUCUUGUCCAGACACAUGUCCUCGUUGCUCCCGUGGAACGCCGACUCAUUCUUCAAAAAACAGACAUUAAGAUGAUCUUCAGGCUUCUUCUGAUGUGUGCUUUGACGACAUGUGGAGUCCAUGCUUGCCCACACUUAUGUUCCUGUUUCUUUUCACCUUCGGGUGCCGAGGUGGAGUGCAGUGACGCCUCCAUGACAUACUUUCCUGUGGACGCUUUACCUCCAAACACCACUCGCUUAUCCAUCCAGUCCACUCAGCUCAGCACCAUCCAAUCGGCUCAUCUGAGGGCAGUGCCCCUUCUAAGGACUCUCCAGCUAUAUCACAACAAACUAGAGAAGCUUCCUUGGGAUCUCCUAAGGAAUGCUUCCCAGCUGACCACUUUGGAUCUCACGGGUAACCAUCUUGUAUGUUUACCUGCAAAAGUCUUCAAGCAGAAGUCACUACUCAAGCUCCUCCUUAAAAACAACCUCCUUGAAGAAGCCGAUGCCGACUGGUUCAUGGAUAACAGCAGCCUGAUUCAGCUCGAUAUAUCAGGGAAUCAUUUAUCCCACAUCCCGUCUGCUUUUCUCCACAAGCUGGAACACCUACAACAUCUAGACUUGAGUCACAACAACCUUAUAGAGCUCCAUUCAGGAACAUUGAAGAACCUCCACCACUUGGACACUCUUAACCUUGCGAGGAACAAACUAAGCACCCUGAAUCCAUCACUUUUUAAGAAUACUCUGAAGCUCUCACGACUGUUCCUGCAAGAGAAUCAUCUCACAGAGCUUCAGCCGACCCUCCUCUCGGGUCUGCAGCACCUUCAGAUGCUUCUUCUCAACCAGAACAGGCUUCAAAAUCUACCCCAAGGCCUGCUGGAUGGCAAGAACUCGACUUUGCAGAUGAUUCUGACGGGAAACCCGUGGUUUUGUGAUGAGAAGAUGGAGUAUCUGUGGAGAUGGCUCAACGACCACCCUCACAAUGUCUUCUUCUUGGAUGAGGUCACUUGCACUGGCCCCGAAACGCUUAAAAACAGACAGGUGGUGUCCUUAACGGAAAAUGAACUUAGUCUUGCCAGAAAUGUGUAAUAUAGGGACUAGGUCAAAAAAUGCCAAAACACAUAUUCUUGUAAUCCGUCACUAUAUUGUCAAUAUGUGCUCAUAUGAUGAGGUAAUAACCACAAAAAUUAUCGGCACAAAAGUGACAAAAUUGCAACAAGCCACAUUGAGUCAUAUCAAAAUUAAUAUCAAAUUAAAAGGUCUGGAUGCCGACUUUCCAGAGCUAUCACCAUAUUGUCCAUAUGAGGUAAUAUAAUUCCGUAAUAACCACAAAAAUUAUCAGAACAAAAGUGACUAGGUCAAAAAUUACAGCAAGCCAUAUUGAGUCAUAUUUCAAAUUAAAGGUCUUGACGACGGCUUUUCAGAUCUUUCACUACACCGUCAAUAUAUGAUCAUAUGAUGAUGUAAUAACCUGAAAAAUGAUCAGUGAGAAGGCAACUAUGUAAAAAAAAUGGCAAUAAGCCUUAUUGAGUGAUAUCUUGAUAUCUAAUCAUCGGCCUGUCUCAGGCAAUGCCUGUUACGACGGAGUAUUAAAAUAAUCUGAUAUGCCGAGAAUAAAGUUACAGAUUUACGACAAUGUCGCAAAUUUACAAGAAAAUGUUUUUAUUUAUGUUCCAGAAAACAAGUGAAACAAGUUUUAUUUGUGUAAAUGUAUGACUUUAUUCUCAAAAGGUCAGAUUUCCCCCCUUUUGUGGCCCUAAUAAAUAAGACCCCUUGUGGUAAAAAAAAAAAAAAAUCAAUUUUUUUUCUUCAAUUUUUCUGCAAACUUGAAAGAGGUUUUUCAGUAUAACUAGCGUAUAUAUCUUAAAACAGGCUAAUGUGAAAGGUAAACAAAGCACAUCAAGUCAUAUGUCAAAUUAAAGGUAUUGAUGAGGAUGUUACAGAUAUGCAACUAUAUUGUCAAUAUGCCCUAAUGUGAUUAUGAAAUAACUCAAAAAUAGUUUAUCUUGAAAGGAUCACAAUGUAUAUAAUCACAAGUAAUAUGACUAGUUGUUGCCGUACAUUUAAUACAUGCUAUAUGAUGGUGACAAUUUCAUUUAUUUUCUAUGGGAGUAAUUGUCUGAAUGCAGUCAGAAAUUAAGAAAAAAAGUUGAUUUUUUUUGAUGGCUUGAAGGAAAUCAGACAUCACCACCUCCCAGUUUCUCCUGCUUGCAGCAUUGUGUGUCCUGAUGUUUUUAAUGAGUGUGUGGGAGCGUGUGUGUGGGCUGGAGCAGUGGCUGUAUCUUCCAGCUGACCUCUUCAAGACUGUGUGUUGUUUUUUUUUUUUUUUGCUGCUCUCUAACAAUAUGAAUCCCGUCUUUCCACCAUCUCCCAAGAAUUGAUCACAGGAUCAAUUCAUAAAUCUUAAGUACAUAAAACCUCCUCACUUAUGAAAAUGAAAUUCAUCAGUGAAAGA